AUGUCUUCGUCAGCAAUGCGUCGUUUGAUGGUCUCAAGGAGGGUGUUCUCUUCGCCGACUUUGGCCAGAGUUCCAAGCACAAAACCUCAUUUUCGUCCUGCUUCAGUACCUCAUACCCGUUUUGUCGCCACUGCUGCCCUUACAAUUCCCAAAAUUCAGAAGCGCACUUACUCCAGUACAACCAUUACUGAGACCGAAAAGGCAGUUAAUGUUUCGAUAUUUGAGCCGCUCGAUACCUUCCAAAGGCGCCACAUUGGUCCCAAUGUGGCAGAAACAAACAAAAUGCUUGCAACGCUUGGAUAUGAUUCUCUGGAUGCAUUCGUUAGGGAUGUAGUCCCUGAUAAUAUCCUCUCUGAAAGGGCACUUAAGGUCGAGCCCGAGAAUGGGUUGAGUGAAAGUCAGCUUUUGGAGAGGCUCCGAGGAAUUGCGAACAAAAACAAGAUGAGGAGGACGUAUAUUGGUUGUGGUUAUUAUGGAGCCAAGACCCCAGCAGUUAUUCAGAGAAAUGUGUUGGAAAGCCCAGAGUGGUACACUAGUUAUACCCCGUACCAACCUGAGAUUUCCCAAGGACGUCUUGAAUCUCUCAUCAAUUUCCAGACUGUCGUAACUGAUCUCACCGGCCUUGCAAUUGCCAAUGCCUCCGUUCUCGAUGAAGCUACAGCCGCUUCUGAGGCUAUGACCAUGUCUUUGGGUCUUCUUCCACUCUCCCGCCAAAAGCGCUCCAACAAGACUUUCUUUGUUGAUAGCAAAGUCCACCCACAAACUAUUGCGGCCCUGUACUCUCGUGCUGAGGGCUUUGGGAUUAAUGUUCAAGUCGGCGAUGCCCUCGAUCUUGCCGCCGUGGAAACCGUCGGCGAAGAUCUCAUUGGUGUUCUUAUUCAAUACCCGGCAACUGAUGGGUCAAUCAAUGACUACUCAAAAGUUGCUGAUACUGCGCACAAGUUCGGGGCUACCUUGUCGGCAGCCACAGAUUUGCUUGCUUUGACUAUGUUGAAACCCCCUGGUGAAUUCGGUGCUGACAUUGCAUUUGGAAAUGCUCAGAGGUUUGGUGUUCCUCUUGGUUACGGUGGUCCUCAUGCUGCGUUUUUCGCGACUUCAGACAAGGGGAAGCGAAAGAUGCCAGGUAGAUUGAUUGGUGUCUCGAGGGACCGGUUGGGCGACCCAGCGUACCGUCUCUCACUGCAAACCAGAGAACAGCACAUUCGUCGUGAAAAAGCCACCAGCAAUAUCUGUACCGCACAAGCCUUGUUGGCAAACAUGAGUGCCAUGUAUGCUGUGUAUCACGGACCAGCAGGAUUGAAGGCUAUUGCGGAGAGAGUGUAUGGAAUGGCUAGGAUUUUGGAGGAGGGUCUUUCAAGGUUGGGAUUUGAGGUCAAUGGUGGAUCAAAAGCCGAGGGUGGCUACUUUGAUACCGUUGUUGUAAAGGUCAAGGAUGCUGCCGAUACUGUGGCCAAAGUUGAGGAGUGGUAUGGUAUCAACUUGAGAAUACUGGACAAAGAGAAGGUCGCAAUCUCUAUGGACGAGACCGUUUCAUCUCAGGACCUUGAGGAUAUUUUUGCUGCCAUGUCUGCUUUUGCAGAGAGAAUCCCUGGAAGACUCAAGUGGAACGAGAUGUUGACUGAGAUUGCCGAGGACCUAGAGAUCGCACCUGGUGCCCCUACUGCUGUCCCUGAGGCAUUUGCCAGAACCUCCAAGUACCUUCAACACCCGGUAUUCAACAGCCAUCACUCGGAGACCGAGAUGUUGAGAUACCUCCACCACCUUCAAUCCAAGGAUUUGUCGUUGGCCAACUCCAUGAUUCCUCUCGGGUCUUGCACAAUGAAAUUGAAUGCAACAACAGAAAUGAUCCCAAUUUCAUGGCCUGAAUUUAAUUCUCUUCAUCCCUUCGCCCCUGUCGAGCAGGCCCAGGGCUACAAGCAGAUGCUUGAUGAGCUUGAGACAGACUUGGCUGAUAUUACUGGUUUCGAUGCGGUUUCUCUACAACCCAAUUCGGGAGCCCAGGGUGAAUUCGCUGGUCUCCGUGUUAUCCGUGAGUACCUCAAGUCAACUGGUCAGGCGCACCGUGAUAUUUGCAUCAUCCCGCAAUCUGCCCAUGGAACCAACCCUGCUUCGGCAUCUAUGGCUGGAAUGAAGGUUGUUACUGUCAAGUGUGAUCCAAAAACUGGUAACUUGGAUAUGGAGGAUCUCGAAGCCAAGGCUGAGAAAUACAAGGACUCUCUUGGUGCAUUCAUGGUCACAUACCCUAGCACCUACGGUGUGUUUGAGCCUGGUGUCAAGAAGGCAUGUGACAUUAUUCAUUCCCAUGGCGGACAGGUUUACAUGGACGGAGCAAACAUGAACGCUCAGGUUGGUCUCUGCAGCCCUGGAGAGAUUGGUGCGGAUGUUUGCCAUUUGAACUUGCACAAAACAUUCUGCAUUCCUCACGGAGGUGGAGGACCUGGUGUCGGACCAAUUGGUGUCAAGUCUCACCUUGCACCAUUCUUGCCAGGGCAUCCACUUAUCAAAACCGGUGGAGAGAAGGCCAUUGCUCCAAUUUCAGCGGCACCUUGGGGAUCUGCGAGCAUUUUGCCCAUUACCUGGUCAUACAUCAAGAUGAUGGGAGCUCGUGGUCUCACUCACGCUACUAAAAUUACUAUGCUCAACGCUAACUACAUGGCUGCCCGCCUCGCCCCCCACUAUAAGAUUCUCUACACAAACUCCAAGGAUAGAUGCGCCCAUGAGUUCAUUCUUGACGUUCGUAACUUCAAAGAUACUUGUGGAAUUGAAGUCAUCGAUAUCGCCAAGCGACUUCAGGAUUAUGGUUUCCACGCACCGACCAUGUCAUGGCCAGUAUCUGGGACCCUUAUGAUCGAGCCCACCGAGUCUGAGAAUCUUCAGGAACUUGACAGAUUCUGUGAUGCAUUGAUCAAAAUCAGGGGAGAGAUUGCUGCUGUUGAGAAUGGCGAGAUGCCUAAGGAGGGUAAUGUUCUCAAGAACUCUCCUCACACACAGAGGGAUCUGUUGGUGAGCGAGUGGGAUAGGCCUUACACCAGGGAGAUGGCGGCAUACCCGUUGCCAUACUUGAAGGAUAGGAAGUUCUGGGCCACCGUUACUAGAGUGGAUGAUUCAUACGGCGACCUCAACUUGUUCUGUUCAUGUGUUCCCGUCGAGGAACAUGAAUAA